AUGUACAUGAAUAGUAACUCUGCUUGUGCUUUGCACGAUGCCACAACCAACUCAGAAAUCCAUAUGGCGUCCAUAGGAAGUCUCCACUUCCUACCGCCCUCGUCGUUUCCCGCCAUAAAACCAGUCUCCGACUGCGCUGCUAUCCUGCGCCAGACCUCCGUUUUCAUACGCACCCCACCGCAGAGGAAAACUCCUUCCGUUAUUCGGAAAGCUAUCCAAUCUCAGAGUCACAAAAAUUGCGUCUAUCCCGAUCCCAUCCCUGAAUUCGCAGCUGCCGAGUCGGAGAAGUUCAAAGCUGAAUUGCUGAAGGAACUGUCGAAGCAAAGAGAAACCUUCGGAAACGAUCUUCGUAUGGUUGUCGAUGUUUGUGCAGAGAUAUUCAGUGAAUUCCUACAUAAGGAUUAUGGAGGACCUGGAACAUUAUUGAUUGAGCCUUUCACAGAUAUGAUGUUGGCAAUCAAGGAUAGAAAACUGGCUGGAGCAGCAUUGGCUGCUCGAGCCUCGUUGCUGUGGGCACAGAGCUAUGUUGAUCGUGAUUGGGAAGAUUGGAACUCCAAACAGCACAAAUGAGUUUGCAAAUCUUCCCCAUUUAUACCAUUUUUUGGUACAUGAUGUUUGGUUAGUUGAAAAUGCAAAAAACCGUGAAUCGGGAUGUUGAAAUUGUUCGCUACUUAAACUGUACUAGUCAAGAAAGAGGCUCUACUUCAACAGUAUCUUUUAACUAUACAAAGGGAUUAUUGCUCCACAAUUGUUUUAAGGUUUCAAGAUUUCAUCAUUGACGGCGUCUGCAGAAAUGUGUCCUUGUCAUCUUAUGUGGAUUAUUACUUUAGCUUCCGAACUCAGAAAUGCUCUGUAGAGAUGGUUGCCAUGAUUUGAGUCGUCCUGCAGCAGGAUUUGUCGACCCUGAUCUUUGUUUGUGUCUGUCGGAUCUUCUUCCCUGAAAAAGUAUCAAUGUACAAAAGUUAUGGAUGGAAAAAUAAGAAUCUAGUUGAUUCAUGUUA